GCGUCGCAGCCAUUCAGCGGCGGUGUCUGAAGCGAUUGGACCUGCGUCUCUCUAGGCUCUUUCUGUGGAAUUUGAAUUAUUUUGGCUCGGCACGGGUCGGGAGGGAUAGGCGACGGCGUUACCGGGCCAUCUUCUGGGUCGCAGCGGGUCGCACAGGGGGCUCAGCAAUGAAUAAGCUACGGCAGAGCUUCCGCCGGAAGAAAGACGUGUACGUGCCGGAGUCGAGUCGACCGCACCAGUGGCAAACGGACGAGGAGGCGGUCCGCAGCGGCAAAUGCAGCUUCGCAGUCAAGUACCUGGGACAUGUGGAGGUGGAGGAGUCCAGAGGCAUGCACAUCUGUGAGGACGCUGUGAAGCGGCUCAAGACGGACAGGAAAUUCUUCAAAGGAUUCUUUGCAAAAGCGGGGAAGAAGGCGGUGCGGGCUGUGUUGUGGGUGUCGGCAGACGGCCUCCGCGUUGUAGACGAUAAAACAAAGGACCUGAUCCUGGACCAGACAAUAGAGAAGGUGUCGUUCUGCGCCCCGGAUCGGAACUUUGAGAGGGCGUUCUCGUACAUCUGCAGGGACGGAACCACGCGACGCUGGAUCUGCCACUGUUUCAUGGCCAUCAAAGACUCAGGGGAGCGCCUCAGUCACGCCGUUGGCUGCGCAUUCGCCGCCUGUCUGGAGCGAAAACAGAAACGGGAGAAGGAGUGCGGGGUCACGGCAACCUUCGAUGCCAACAGAACCACUUUCACCCGCGAGGGCUCGUUCCGCGUUACCACGGCAACGGAGGCGGCAGAGCGGGAGGAAGUCAUGAGGCAGCUACAGGAUGCUAAAAAAGCGGAGACCGAUGUCAAAGUGGCGGUGAACCCGGCCGCUGGCAUCACCAACUCGUCGGCCCACCAGUCGGGAGGCUCCCCCUCGCCGUCGUCCUCCCCCCCUCUGUCGGUGCCCGGCCUGGGGCCUCAGGCCAUCCCCCGCCGCCACGCCCCCGCUGAGGCCCUGGCCAGGCAGGGCUCCUUCAGAGGCUUCCCCGCCCUCAGCCAGAAGACGUCGCCCUUCAAACGCCAGCUGUCGCUGCGCAUGAACGAGCUGCCCUCCACCAUGCAGCGCAAGUCCGACUUCCCCAUCAAGAACACAGUCCCAGAGGUGGAGGGUGAGGGCGACAGCAUCAGUUCGCUGUGUUCUCAGAUCACCACGGCGUUCCCCGGACCCCCAGAGGACCCCUUCACCUCAGCCCCCAUGCCCAAACCGGCCUCGUCCCCACAGUCUCCUGUAGCUCCAGUGAACGGCUCCGCCCCCGCCUUCUCUGUCGCUGCCGUUACCGCUAACCCCCCAGUCCUGCCCCCCGCCCUGCCUGCUCGAGACACUAACCCCUGGGCCAAGACCCCAGCGGGGGCCCCGGCCUCGGCCCCGGCCCCCAUCCAGCCAGGAGGUGACUGGUCAUCCCCCGCCCCGGUCAUCGUCGUCCCCCCCACCUCUUCUCCGGCCACGUCCUCCCACAAACGCACCCCGUCGGAGGCGGACCGGUGGUUGGAGGAAGUCUCCAAGUCUGUCCGGGCCCCGCAGCCCAACCCCAUCAUGGCCACCGCCCCGCCUCCCGCCCAACCAUUCACUGCCCCGCCCCCUGCCCAGCCGUUCACUGCCCCGCCCCCUGCCCAGCCGUUCACCGCCCCGCCUCCCGCCCAGCCGUUCACCGCCCCUGUGCCGAUGCCCGUGGCGUCCGUGCCCCCCGUGGCCUUCAUUCCCACCCUGCCCCCCGCUGUGCCCAUGCUGCCCCCGCGCCAGCCAGCCUUCCACGCCCAGGCUCCGGCCUCCUACCCGAUGUCCAACGGGCUGGCGUUCCCCCAGCCCAGCGUCCCCGUGGUCGGCAUCACCCCCUCGCAGAUGGUGGCCAACGUGUUUGGCUCGGCCACGCAGCCCCAGCCCUUCCCCAUCCCGGCGUCCGUGACCCCCCAGCACGACGCGCCGGCCAUCGGCAACGUCAGCCCUUUCACGAAGCCCCCGCAGUCCAUAAACCCCGCCUCCCUCCAGCCAUCCAACGGUAGCGUAACCUUCAACGGGGCGGACAACUGGGCCCAACUGGCUCCGUCGUCCCCGGCAACACAGCCCCCGCCCUCGCAGCAGCCGGAGGACGCCUUCGAGGCCCAGUGGGCGGCACUGGAGAGUCGCUCCCGCCAGCGCACCACGCCCUCGCCCACAAACCCGUUCUCCACCGAGCUGCACAAGACCUUUGAGAUCCAACUCUGAAGACUGUGUGUGAGACUACUGGACGACGCAGCGGCCGCGUCAGCCAUGGGAGACCAGCCUCUGUCCUCUAGUCUCUGUUACCGUGGACUACGCUUGCAGGGCCGAUGACGACCCGGGAGCCUUUUGGGUGAAUCAACAGGGAGCGCAACUCUGCACAGGCGGCGACGCCAGAAAAAAAAUAAAACCGUACAGGCCGCAGCUCCCCGGACAUUUCAUUAGCAUCGUCUGUAACGUUUUGUUUGUGCUGUGGAGCUCAUUACCCUGUGGAACACCUGUGCCGAGCCACGCCCAGCCCCCUGUCGGCCACGCCCAGCCCCCCUGUCGGCCCCGCCUCCGCCUUCACUCAGUCCGGCUCCGAGCGUCGACAGGACGAGACCCGAACGGCAGACGAACUGCAGCACCGAGAGCUCCGCCUCCACAUGAGAAGUUCUCACUAAUAACUUCCCAAUCAGAAGAAUAAAAUGAGACAAUGCCAAAAUCUUUAUUUUUAUGCAUUAAGUAUAUUUUAAAUAGCUUUGGAGUCUAACAGAAGAGUUGUAAGUAAUCUUUGCCAAAGGCACAGGCUAGCUACAAUGAGAUAUGUGCGUGUAUACAAGAAAAGACAGUAUAUAUUAUACAUAAAAUAUAUAUAUCUCUAUAAAGAAUCUAUACUGUACACAAAGCUCACAGCAGUGCUAAUUUUUAAUGUGAUGUAAAGAGAUUUUGUGAAGGGACAGCUGCUUUACUUUUGUGUUUUGUUUUUUUUUUUUGUUAGGUUUUUUUUUAUGUUAUUUUUGAAGAAGUCUCUUUAUUGCCGUCUGUUGCAUCCUGUGAUUGGAUGUGAAGCAUCUCACUGUAAAUAGGGUAUCAUUGCAGCAACAAUCAAUGUGGACCUAGCGAUGGUGGUGGUGCCCGACUGGUUGCCUCUUUUACUUGUGCUUCGCUUUUAAUAUUUUAGUCGACAUCACUACUUAGCAUUUUACUUCUUCUGUCCUCAUCGUCAUGCUCUUUCUUUUGGAAACCGUCUUUUUUUUUUAAUCUUAAGGCAGCGGAUCGUUCCAUCUCUUGUUUCCUCGCCUCCUUUUACAUUUUUGAAGUAGUUGAUUUUUCUGUUUUUAUUUUGCACAAGCACUAAAGUAGACGACAUGAGCUCACGGGCGUUGGCCGUGGGUUGGUCAGUCGGUCGGUUGUGGUUCUGCAGCAGCCGCUUACAGCCGCUGCAGGAAAAGAAAAAAGAAAGAAAAACUACAGGGAGAUCAAACGGUUUCAUCUCUCACUGUCUGCUUUCUCUCUAUCAUUUUUAUUUUUUUAAAUCAAACCUGUGAAUAUGAUCUAUUCUCUGAUCUAUUUUUCCAUUUUGUAAUUAUUUCAUUACUUUAUUCCACUUCUUCGGAGAUCUAUUGAAAAAAGAUUGAAUAAAUGGAUGGUGGUAGAGGA